UUACAUUAGACCUGAAUGCUUUUUUUUCCACCACUGGAGGGCGCUGAAUACAUUAACUUGUCCGGAAACUGGUUUUGAACAAAUACCACAGAAGAAGUUGCAUCAGAUUUUAACAUGGCUACUCCUAUGCACAGAAUUAUUGCCAGGAGACAAGCGGAGGCAAACAAACAGCAUGUGCGUUGUCAAAAGUGUUUGGAGAUGGGGCACUGGACCUAUGAAUGUACAGGGAAGCGGAAAUACGUCCACAGACCAUCAAGAACAGUUGAGAUGAAAAAGAAAUUGAAAGAAGUUGAAAAUAAACCCCUCAGCAUUACUGGACCCGGAAGGGAAGGUUCAAGCGACAGGAAACUCAAAAAGAAAUCAAAAGAUGCCACCGACAGCAGUGGAGCCUCAGACAACUCCUCCAGUGACUCAUCAUCAGACAGCAGCGACUCCAGCUCUUCCUCUGAUGACAGCGACAGCAGCAGCGACAGCGACAGCUCCUCGUCUUCAUCCUCAACUUCAUCUUCUUCCUCUUCCUCCUCAGACAGCUCAGACUCAGGGAGCAGCAGCAACUCGGAUCAAGAACCACCGAAGAAGAAGAAAAAGAAAAAAUAGAGGGGGAAUUUUUGUUGUUAUUUUUCUAGUUUUUUUCCUUAACAACUUUUCUAAACCAUCUCAACUAGUGGGCACAAGAAAAAUGUAAGAGCUGCACAGGUGUGGAGGUUAUGAAUUAGGCUAAAUAUGUUUUGUUGUAUCAUCUUCUGGUUAUAAAAUGUUUCUGUUUCUGGGAAAUGUUCAUAUGUUUAUAUUUGGAUUCAAAAAACAAAUAAAAAAACCAUGAUAAAAAAACAA